GGCGGCGCUGGCGGCGGCGGUACUGGUGCACUAAACGCGCUCUUUACUGUCGGUGCGAACAGCGGAGCAGUGGCUGGUCUGGCCAACUUCGGAGAGCUGACGUUGGUGACGACGGACGAGGGAUUCAAGUCGAUUGCGUCGAGAGCACAUUUCACGUCCACCUUCUCGCAGUAGCAACCUCCAGGACAUAACUCCGUGGAACCGGAGCUAUGGUCGGAACGGGGCUCUUGACGACCAGAGGCUCCGCCGGAUUCACCUCUUGGUCUUGCAAGGCAUCGAAGAUAUGGGUGAUGAGAGGGCCAGCACCGAAGACAACAGUGUUGUUCGCCUUCUGCUUCAUCCUCCGCAGCUCCUUGAGGAUGUUCUGGAACAUAUACUCGGACCAGUUCACCUUGAAUCCUUGCAAGCCUUGGGCGAUGAUCUCGACCAAGUUCCGGGACGUGUAGCCGGAGCUCACUCUCAGCUGUAUCACCUCCGCGAUCAACGAGAAGAUUGGUGCCAGCGAAGGGUCCACCAGCUUGUCGUGCCUGUAUCCCAAGUCCUUUUGGUAAGCGCCUUCCUUGAAGAGCAUCACCUGGUCGCUGUUCUCAAACGAUCGCUUGAAGCUCAGGACGCCCUCGUAGGAGAGCUUGAAGCGCUGGGAGAUGAGGUUUGCAGUGAAACACACUCGUUUCCCCUUGACCACCGUCUGGUUUGUUUUCAGGUUGUAGUUGGCCACGAACUCCCGGACGAGCGAGACGCAGGUGACGUUCCACUUGACAUCCGCGAGGCUGUGGAGGCCGAGAGUGGUGAGGAAGUCCAUCCGGGGGCAGCCUUGCUCGAGCCAGUAGGAGGCGGCAAUGUAAGUCCGGAACUUCAGAUUUUUAGCUACUGCGUACCCAAUGACAUCGGCAGAAGUGGAAGAAGAAGAAGACGGUGGUGGUGUGGCCGUGAGUGUGGGAGCCGCCGCCGGCAGCGGAAGAACUAGAACUCCCCUCGUCCUGAGCUUCUUCUUGGCGGCGCCGUCUUCCUCCUCAUCGCUGGCGGCGCUGGCGGCAAGCGGCGGCGGCGGCGGCGGCGGUCGCUUUGGAGCCAUGGAAACAAGGAUGUGAACGGAGGAAGCCACUCACUCGCAAACAAGCUAUGGAUGUGGAUUCCUUGAAAAGCUCUUGCGGCGAAUCAACGAUGUGAGCCGAGGAAGCUACUCACUCGCAAACAAGCUACCGCUCAAAGAUCUACAUCCUCAGAGCAUUGUAAUAAUUUCUUUUCCCAGGAAACAAGGAGACUUCCUUCCAGGGACAGGGAAUCUUAAAGAAGGCCGAGCUCCUUGCUUC